UAAACAUCGGCAGAUAGGUGAUUACGUUGUGUGGUUGAAUUUCGCGACUUUUCUGAAGUUUUCCAAGAAUGUCUCGCAACUUUUACGCCAACCAGCUAGAGCGAGAGUUCCGACCGACUCGCCUCGGCAACUGGGAGGUACCGUCGUGGUUGCCUCAGAGACCUCGCGCACGCAAGACCACCACAAAGAUCAUCGUCAACGACCGCGGACAUCUACUGCCUGGUGUACAAAGACCUCCUCAGAACCCUUGGGGAUCCUUCCGCGGCACCUGGCAGCUGCCGAACAAGAUAUCUAGGAAAUUCGCCUCGGAACUUACAAGACCAAGUGGAGCACUUUCAUCCUGGGAGAAACGCUCGGCUCAUGUACCUAUUAUAGAGUCUUCCAAACUACCACCAAGCAGACCAAAGAGCGCUCCGUCAUCAACAGAAAUGAAAGUGACAAAAGACUUGUAUCCUCCUUGUUAUUUGGGAAAGUCGUCAAAUAAGGAUCAAUCGGAGCAUCAGUUAAGGCCACAAGACAGUUUACGACGCCUGAGUCCUCUACCUGUCAAUGAUCGACAACCUUACGACAAGCAUCAUGAACUUGACUACUCGCGCUCUCUGGCUCGCGAAAGGUCUCCAGAGGUCAUCAACACGUCUAAGAAUGUACAGGAUGAUAUUAAUGAGUACACAAAGAAUGUUCACUCGCCGGUAAACAAGGACCAACAUCAUGAUCAUAACGGCUCGAGGAGGGAUUCGUCCCCUCAUGACUCUGGAGUGGAAGUAGACGAGCUGGAUUGUAGAGGUCCUCCUCUAGCCAGUGUCUACUGCAGCGCUGAGCACGCCAAGAACUUGAAACUAGAGAACCAAAAACAUCAGCCACUGCCUGAUACUAUUGAGGACAGCUUGUACAGGUCACUGCAGCUGAAGCAAACAAAGCACCCUGGCAUGGGCCUAAAUGUCCAGCCUCGAGCCGCAGCUGUGGGGGUCAAAGGUUACGGGGCACCAGCUCCAACACAGUGUAGCAAACUUAAAGUGUACAGACCAAAAACUGCUGGCAACAUACACCGGAGGGAGUCUCGCGAUGAGCAGGUCCGUCCAAAAACAUCUCAGCCGAAGCGGAAAGAGCACAUGUCAGAAAUAGAGCUAGCUUUGUGUUGGGACUUUAAACCUGUCCACCCUUCUGAUGAACCGAAGCGCUCGCCACACAUUGAUGGAAGCAACGGAAGUGCUGCACCAGCUGUGUUUGCUCUGGUUCAUCAACCUCCGACACCUCACGAAGAUAUGAGAACCCCAAGACCUUCGACAGGAGACGGUAAAAUGGAGAAGAGACAUUCAGUCGACAGUUUAAAGUCGAUAUCUAGAGAAAGCGCAGACAGGGCGAGAUCUCGACCAAAGACAGCUUGGGGUGAUGAGGUAAAAGCGAAGCAACUACAAGACAAACUAAAGAGACUACAAGAGCGGUCAAAUCCGUCAGCAGUAAUGGAUAUAAUCAACAACAACACAAAAGAAAACAAUAAUCCGAAUAUCGUACUCGGCACAAGGAAAACAUCAUCCGGGUCCGAUCACAUGAGAAGAAAAAGUUUGAGCGGUCAACAAUCUUUGAAAUCAUCAGAUAUCGAUUCGCACAAGAUGUCUAAGCAGAAACACUAUCAAAGUUCACCCAACCUAGCCAACAUCGGAAUACAAACCAACGGUGACGGUAAAAGUAAAAAUAGACUGCUGAACAACCGACCCUGUAUGGCAUGUGAUGCUAAAACUUCUCCCUCCGAAUCAGUCAAAGACGAGAAAAGGUCAAAAUCUGAGUACAAAAUGGCUUUCAAAGCAGGCAAACCGAACAACGGUAGUGGGAACAGUAGCAUGAAUAACAGUCAAGAUUUAAGCAGCACUUCUUCCAGAGCGCAAUCCUCCAAACCUGUUCAUGUUCCGAAGAUGAAACUUCCCUAUGCCAAGAAGAGUUACUCCAUAGGGACUCUGGCACCUCCGUUUUCUCUGUGGCCCGGGACGACGGGCCAAGAUUACCCCGAACACUGGAGACUGGCCUCGGUUUAUCAACAUUCCUUCAAACCUGUCGAACUGCGGAGAAAACCGUUACUUCAGAGUGUGUAUCAGUAGUCAUUGGAUAACUAAGUCCAACAUAGAGGUGUGCAAGCAGCUUGACUUUCAAGCCUAGCCUAGCCUACAAUCUCGAGAGAUUGGGCACCAAGUCAAAAAAUCGAGCUAGAACCAAGCUUUUAUCAUCGUAAUUACGUGUCUGCAAAGAUCGAAGUCAAACAUUUCUCACGUUCACCUCAAUUAUGACGACGAGACUGACUGUGAUCCAGAGAGACGAUGAUGAUCUCUACACAACUGUCUGUCCAGAGUUUUUUUUUUUUUUUGCAAUUGCAGAAGAUGAUAUUGAGAAAUCAAAUCUAUAUAAUUAAUACGCUACAUGAAACUUUGUCGGUUGA